CUCGUGCAUCAGACAAGUACUGAGCAGUCUAAUCAUAAUGUCCAAUUAGAAUAAACGAAUGUAAAUAGUUAAAUGGGUCAAAUCUGUGUAGUAUGCUGUCCACUCCACUCUUAAUAUAAUCAAGAUCUCAAUUCGACGUACCUAUCCCAUUUAACAAAAGAAAUUUUCGUAUUCCAUCAAAAAAUUAGAAAGUUGUACUAUAAAAAAGUAGCAGAGAUAAUAGUGAAAAAAGAUGUUUAAGAUAAAUCUAUUUUUCUUGAUUGUGGGUUUAAAUUUAUUGGAUUUAACCGAAGAGCAGCUGCAUUUUGAUCCUAAAAGAAAACCACAACUGAUGGGAGAUAUGCUGCCCUUCAAGGCUAUCAAUCCUCAUAGAAAGAGAGUCCAAAAUAAGCUAGUGUUGUACCACAAUUAUUACAGAUCGAAGGUUAAACCUAUAGCCAGUAAUAUGUUGAAAAUGAAAUGGCAUAAAGGUGCCGCAAGAGCGGCUCAAAAAUGGGCAAACAAAUGUGAAUUUUUAGUCCAUGACAGCGUUGUUGGAAGACAUAUCCCAAACUAUGGAGCUUGCGGUCAAAAUAUAUUUAUUGCCAGCAAAAAAGUACCAUGGUUUUUUGCUGUUGAGACCUGGUGGUUGGAAAAAAACGAAUUUAAAUAUGGACAGAAAAAUAAUAUGACCAUUGUUGGACACUACACUCAAUUAGUGUGGGCUGCAACCCAUGAAGUAGGAUGUGGAUUAGCAAAAUGCUACCAAAAAGUUUACGAUAAUGAACAGAAAGAAGUGCUUGAAAAGAAAAGAAUAUUUUAUAAUUACAUAUGCAACUAUUGUCCUAUUGGUAAUAGACCUGGAAGAACCACCUUUCCUUAUAAGCAAGGAAAUCCUUGCAGCUCCUGCAAGAAAAAUUGCAGCAAAAAGCUGUGUCUUAAUACAUGUGAGUACGCAGACAUUUGGGCAAACUGUAAACAACUAUAUAGAAUGCAUCCGUCAUGGUUAUGCAGCACUCACACACCCAAAGGCCGUCAAAGAUCGCAAUUCUGUAAAGCCACUUGUUCAUGCAGAAAUAAAAUAUACGAUUAA